AUGGAGUUCAAAUGGUCUACCCCAACGCGACGCUCCCCCACCGGGCAGGAUCUGCCCAUCAUCCCCAACGAGAUCUACAUCGCCAUCCUCGAAUCCUUCGUCCCUUCGUCCCGCUUCCCAAAAACAAGCGAGAUCAGGACCCUGCGCAGCUUCGCCGUCGCAUGCCGCUUCUUCUGCCACCUCGCUCUCCCACGCAUGUUCGAGCGCCUCCUGUUCGACGGCUCCGGCGACCCGCGCAAGAUGGGCGCAUUCAACUCGGGCGGCUGGGCGCACGCCGUCAUCACCGGCAAGCCCCCCGCGCUCACGACCGCGGCCUUCGUCAAGUGCGUCGUGUUCCAGAACUGGACGGACGACGCGCUAGGCACGCACAUCCCCAUGCGCGGCUGGCUGUCCCAUCUCGUGGGCUUCCACUGCCAGGCGCUCGAGGCGAUGCCGAACCUCGAGGCUGUCGUAUUUUCGAGGGCGGAUGUCACGGUGGACCAUGUCAGGGCGCUCAGGAAUCUGCAGAAACUGCGUGUGUUGGAGUUCAGGGGCCGAAACACGUGGGAUGUGGCAAAGCUCGAAAACGAUGAUGAUGCAUACGGGGAUGGAGGUCUCGGAGAUCCGCGUGCCGAGGGCGGUUUCGGGGCUUACAUUGAGCGUGUCGUGAUCGACGAUGAGAUAGAGGAGGAGGACGUUGAUGGGGACCAGUAUACGUCAUUACCGCUGCCAGACUGGGGAUCCAAAGCGCUUGCUGCAUGUCCGAAGCUGCGCAGUCUUGUCCUGGACAGCAUCGACAUGCUCGUGACGCUCGGAAACUGUUUGAAGGUCGAGGCGGCCAUACAGGGAGAGGCGUCCGUGACCACAGUUGAUGGCUCCGCACCGCUGGCGACGCGAAAGGUUCUGGAUCUGGAGCUUAACCUACCCUUAGUGUACGGAGGCCGGGAAGAGAGAUAUGUCCUGGACGUUUUCACAAGCGGCGGAGCUUGGGCACUCUCCUACCUGUCUAUAGAAAGUCUCAGGAUAGUCGUCCCUCCACAGUACGCGAAACAAGUGUUCGUCGACCAUGGAGUACAAACGAUCGUCGAGGCCAUCACCAAAACAGCGACCGCCAGGCUUCUCAAACUCGUUCGACUCGAGAUUCUCACUCUAGGCCACACAUUUGCAGGGCCGAAAAGGCUCGAUAUGGAAACGCUCACAACAUUGGCGUCGGAUAUCUGCCCGAGGUUGGAACGCUUGUAUUUUGGAGGCAUGACCUGGACAAUCAAGAGGGAGUAAGCUUGCUGCCAGGUUUACGACAUAAGAGCGGCGUUUUCUUGUAUCCAGAUGCCUUCAAGCUCGGCUCGCUAGGCUCGAGCACUCCGUUUCUCAAAUCCAUCCUUUUGUUUCGAAUUUUUCUUGUCCCUGCUGCUUUUUUGUUGUUGUUUGAUUCUUCGAAUCAGUAUAUCGCUAUCAAAAUGCUGUCUCUGCUAUGUUCGCUAUGAAACCUAUCCAUACCUCGCUUAUAUCGCGCAUCUUGUAUUUGAUUUUGUCUUCGCCUCUCGCCUCAUACCUCUUGUAUUUGUUUGCAUCCUCUCUAAACAAUAUGCAUUACCGUCUCA